AUGACUACUUUUACGACGAGAUGGAUAAAGUUAAAAUUCCUGUCGAGAAAAAGAAAAGAAAAAGAAACGUUGUGUAUGGUUCAAACCAAUUUAACAGCCAAAGGCUUCGCAGUGGUUAGUGUUUUAGUUCUCAUUCAAUUACAGCGGUUUGGAAAAACUGGACAUGAUUAUCAAGUGGGUGAAUACGGGGAUACGUGGACUUAA